UUGGCUUAGUGCUUGUCUAUUUUCGGCAGGGUACGGAGCUGCUGGCUCUCGCGACCAACAGACCAACAAUUAAGCUCCCAACGCAACCAAGAAAACUGAUUUCCAUUUUCACGUAGAAUUGCAUCUGGGAGAAGCAUCGAUAAGAAGACAGACAGCGGUUUGGGUUCGGGCAGUUGCUCUUGAAUCCUCAGUCUUCGAUCAGCGAUCACUUAAAACUGAAUUCGGCAACGGUCGUUCACGUUUCGGAAGACUAAUUGAUAAGCCUGGUUCAGCCACCACAUCCGCGAUCUUUAUCAUCGGUUUGGCCCAAAAAUUAUGUGCUAACUUUUUCUGCAAAAAAAUAUUCGUGAAAGCCUAUAGCUAAUUUACCAAAGAUCACAAUGCCCGACACGGAGAUCAUUGUUACCAAUGCCGGGGAGCCUUCUACCAAGGCAAGUCUCAUCGUGGUUUCCAAUCGUUUACCAUUUGUGCUAAUCCGGAAUCCGAAAACCGAUGAGCUGGAACGCAGGGCGAGCGCUGGUGGUCUAGUAACCGCAGUGUGUCCGGUGGUGAUCAAGGGCAGCGGCCUGUGGGUAGGCUGGUCAGGAAUUCAUUUAAAGGAUCCCAACGAGGCCAUUCCCGAGUCCAAUCCCAAUGAUCAGACGCCAACCGCUGGCCUCAAGUCCGAUCAGGUUGUUUCUGUCAACAUCGACUCCAAGAUCUUCGAUAGCUACUACAACGGAUGCUGCAACAAGAUUUUCUGGCCGUUAUUCCACUCAAUGCCAGGACGCGCCAACUUUGGAGGUGAGCAUUGGCAUGACUAUGUGACUGUCAACAAGCAUUUUGCUGUGCGAACUAUCGAGGCUCUGGAAAAGUGCCUGGCCAAGAACCAAGGCAGCGAAAAGAGCCCACCGAUUGUCUGGAUCCACGACUACCAUCUCAUGCUGGCCGCCAACUGGGUACGCGAGCAUGCCGAGGAGAAGAAUCUUCCCUGCCGUCUGGCCUUCUUCCUGCAUAUCCCUUUCCCACCAUGGGACAUCUUCCGCUUGCUACCCUGGUCCGACGAAAUCCUCCAGGGCAUGUUGGGUUGCGAUCUAGUGGGCUUUCAUAUCCAGGAUUACUGCCUGAAUUUCGUGGACUGCUGCCAGCGGAACUUGGGAUGCAGAGUAGACAGAAACAAUCUCCUCGUGGAACAUGGCGGCCGCACAGUGCGCGUCCGUCCCCUUCCCAUUGGCAUUCCCUACGAGCGCUUUGUUAAUCUGGCCACGACAGCACCUAAGGUGCUAAAGACAUCCAAGAUGCAGAUUAUUUUGGGAGUGGACCGACUAGAUUACACCAAGGGUCUUGUCCAUCGCCUGAUGGCCUUCGAGGCGCUUUUGCUGAAGUAUCCGCAGCACAAGGAGAAGGUGAGCCUGCUGCAGAUUUCGGUGCCUUCGCGAACGGAUGUUAAGGAGUACCGGGAACUAAAAGAAGAGGUGGACCAGCUGGUGGGCCGGAUUAACGGCCGUUUUACCACCGCCAACUGGGCACCUAUCCGCUACAUCUACGAUUAUGUUAGCCAGGACGAAUUAGCGGCUUUAUAUAGGGAUGCGGCUGUUUGCCUGGUCACACCGCUUCGGGACGGCAUGAACCUGGUAGCCAAAGAGUUCGUGGCCUGUCAGAUUAACGAGGUUCCCGGCGUCCUGGUCAUCUCUCCUUUUGCAGGAGCUGGUGAGAUGAUGCACGAGGCUUUGCUCUGCAAUCCGUACGAGGUAAACGAGGCUGCGGAGGUGAUCCACCGAGCGCUGACUAUGCCCGAGGAUGAACGUGUACUUCGAAUGGCACGUCUCCGACGACGAGAAGCGGAAUGCGAUGUCAGCCAUUGGAUGCGUUGCUUCCUGAAAGCAGUUGGCGCUCUGGAGAUGGACGAUGUGGGCACCACCAUUAUGCAACCGGUCUCUGUGGACGACUUUGAUGACUACUUAUUGAAAUACAUCGGCUAUAACCACAAGUUGGCUUUGCUGCUGGACUACGACGGCACACUGGCGCCCAUUGCUCCCCACCCAGAUCUGGCCACGCUCUCACCCGAGAUUAAAAAUGUUCUGUACAAGCUAUCCAACCACUCGGAUGUCUAUGUGGCUGUCAUCUCCGGCCGAAACGUCGAUAAUGUUAAAAAGAUGGUUGGCAUAGAGGGCAUCACCUAUGCAGGCAAUCAUGGUCUCGAAAUCCUCCACCCAGACGGCAGCAAGUUUGUACACCCAAUGCCUAUGGAGUACGAGAAGAAGGUUAGCGAUCUGCUCAAAGCGCUGCAGGAUUCUGUCUGUCGCGACGGAGCAUGGGUGGAGAACAAGGGGGCACUGCUGACGUUCCAUUAUCGCGAAACUCCAAAUCACCUUAGAGGAGCGAUGGUGGACAAGGCAAGAUCGUUGAUUGAAAAAUAUGGCUUCCGGGCCACGGAAGCGCAUUGCGCUUUGGAAGCUCGUCCGCCGGUGCAGUGGAAUAAGGGACGUGCCUCGAUCUAUAUCUUGCGCACAUCUUUUGGCGUAGACUGGAAUGAGCGCAUCAAAAUAAUCUAUGUUGGUGACGAUUUGACAGAUGAAGAUGCCAUGGUGGCUCUUAAGGGAAUGGCACGAACUUUCCGUGUAACAUCGUCGGACAUUGUGAAGACCGCAGCGGAUCAUCGGUUACCUUCCACAGACUCUGUGUACACGCUGCUCAAAUGGGUGGAACGACAUUUCAUGGGACGCAAGGCGCGCGCUAAUUCGCUGACUUACAGACCCACCAAGGGCGACGGUGUCCAGAUGCAGAUGUCCCUGGAGGUGGCCUCCUCGACAAACAAUCUGGAGGUGUAAGCCGAUGCAUCCAAGCAUGUAUAAGCAACCUCGUAACUCAGAUAACUUGUAAGAUUUUUAAAAUAAAGAAAAACGAAAUCGUAGCUUAAAUAAAUGUA